AUGGCGACAGUUCGGUCCCUCGGCCUCCACGAGCCCUCCGCCAUCGCAUUCCUGGUCGCUGAAGACCUCCUGCCCCCCGAUCCCUCCGAGGACCUCUACUCAUGGACCACGACCGAUGAGAUUGUCUGGACAAAAAGCUGCGCCGUCUGGUCCCGAGCGGGGGUCAUCAAGAGGAUCAGACACGCUCUGCUGACCACCUUCUCCGUCGGGAAGAUCAAGAGAUCAUCGGACACGAGUGCCUCGGGAUCCAGGGCGGGAGAGAAGGCGCAGGCAGGCAACGAUGCAGGCCGCAACCGGGCCCCCCCGGGGACCGACCCAAGCAAUGCGCGAGCACUGGUCGUGGUCCUCAAAUCCCAGGCGCACAUAUUCUUCCUCGUGGGCAACAGCCAUAUCGUUCCUCUUCCAUUCGAGAGAAAACUCCACGAGGAGGAAGCCACGAAACCCCUCCCCAUGGCGCCCCCGAACUCGUUUGCUUCUGCAAUACCCGACUUCCGUGCAUCCCAGUCGUUGGACAUCCCUUCUGGCAAAUCCAAACGGCCGUCGUUGACGAUCUCUCUUUCUCUGGCGCCGAAUGCCGGGCUGAAGGCACGGCAGAACAAGCAGGCCGACAUGCCCCGAGUGUUCUCUCUCAUGGACCCUCACUCCGAGAUGGGGCUGGUUACUAGUGUCACGGCGAGACCGUCGGGGUUGGAUGUCCUCGAUCCAGCCGAUGCGAUUGUCUACGUAUCCCCAAAGGAUGAACUCGCAGGCUCCAGUAGAAACCCAGCCAUGGGCCCCUUGAUCCUCGUGGUCACUGUCAAUAACAACACCGGGUUGUAUACCCUAUGGACCGCACGGAAGGAAAGAAGGGAGACGGGAGGAACGCGCUCCAAGCGGCGUAGCUCGCACUAUGGAAUGACUACAGGCUCGACGACCCCCGCGGCUCGCCCUGACGGCUGGAACACGUCCGGCAAGGGAGAUGAGGACGAUCUGGCUUCCAAACUGGGCCAGGAUUUCGGGGACAUUGGAGUGCCGCUCAAGACAUCGAGACGAGAUAGGAUUACAUUUUCCGAUCUAGCCACAGGCAGUCAAUCCAGCUCCAUGCCCCAUGGUGGUCUGCGUCAAUCUCUUGGAGCUGGUAGCACGCGGGGUAGCUUUGGCUUUAAUCCAAGGGGCUCUCUCCCCCCUGGCAAUGGCUCCGUUUACAGCACAACCAGCAGUUUCAUUGAUGCGCCCGUUGAUAGACUUCUCGAGGAGCUGAAUAAUGAAAGCCUGUUUGAGGGGUUUGAGAACAUGGACUUGAAUCAUUCCGCGUCAGGCCUGCCCGAGGAGGUCCUUCUUACCAAGGUUGAAAGCUUUUCUUCCAUUUCUGUCUCCUUCCAUACCCCAGUCAAGCCCAAGUCCUCAUCUCGGAGACUGAAAAUCAUGACCCUGUGUCCUUCGGAGUGCGGGGCCACACAGAGCGGAAACACCGCCACGUUGGCUCUUUACCUGGUAGAUCGAGAUGCGAGAUCGAUGACUGUUCUCAACCUCCAGGUCGACCGGGUUUCGCUUCCCAAGAAAGACAAUGUCUUCUCCAAGAAGGCGAAGAAAAGAACGCCCUCUGAAGAGCGGCCAUUACUUGUCCAGGCCUCCGGCAUACAGCAUUUCUCAGAUGUAUGGGACGCUUGUAAGAUUGUUGAUGGGGAGAUCUCCCGGGUUGUGACUUUGAAGAAAGCAGAGGAUGACCGUCAGGUGCUGCAUCUACAAACCCCCUGGAGCAGACCGACCACCAUUAGAAUCCCCAGCAAGCUUAUGCUCCAUGAAGCGUACGGGGUGCACCCCAACACGCCUGGGAAUCAUCGACGGGAAAGCGGCGUGAAGCGACUGAUGACCGACUCGUCCAUCACCGUGACUGGCUUCGAUCACUCGGCGGCCAGAGGAAAGUUCGAUGUGAUUGACUCGGCAAAUAGAAGAGUCAAGCUUCAGGUUCAGAUGGAGCCCAGCAAUGAGCUGGUGAAACGCGUGCUCAAAGUCUGUCGGUUUGCCAUAUCCGAUGAGAAGGCCAGGGACGGAGUGUUGGCUGCCUGGUGGGAGACCAUGAAAUGGCUGAACCACCGGGGAACCGAUGAAAAUGACCUCGAAUGGACAGCAAUGGUGGUAACUUUGUUCUCCAUGGCGAUUCCGUCGAUUGACGGCGAACAGCCACGACCAACAGCCCAGCCAACGCGCCGGAAGAGGAGCCUGUUGAGGUCAAGCAGUGGAAGCUAUGUCGACCUGGAAAGCUGGGAGACGAUGCUGGAGCAAGAGUCCGGUUCUGCCGGCGUGGUAGCACCGUGGAUGGCCAGCAGCUCCUGGGCCUGGGUGGUCGAGCAAGAUGCCGAGGAGGGUGCCGUGAGCCAGGGCAAGCAGUCGCCCUCCAGUCGCUCCACUUGCCGCACAAACACCUAUGUGAUCCGAUGCAUCGCCUUGGCCCGGGAGUUCCAGAAUACCAGCUGGGGUGAUAGAGCCGUGGGCUCCAGUGGCUACCUGCCCACCGCGCUGUCCUUCAGUCAGGGCAUUCGGAGCACUUCUCUAUGCACGAUCCUAGUUGCCUUGCAUCUUUUCCGCGAGGAGCAAAAACUUUCCAUUUGCGAUAGCGAGCAAUCAGGCAAUCUCUCGGGUCUGCUUGCGCCAGUUCUGGCCCAAAUCGGCGGAUGGCUCGGAUGGCAAUCCUGGACAUGGGCCCAGAACGCCUAUUAUGGCAUGGAGAUGGCGAGCAUGGACCGCUGGCAAUUUGAAGAAACCCGCAUCUCCAUGCUCGAAGUACCCGACGAGCCCUUCUCGCCCCCUGCGAUCUUCUCCCACCUGGAAAACGCCUGGCGUCAGCCCUCGUCGCCAUUCUUUACCCUUCUGAACCUGGUGGCCGGCCCAGACCGGCCCCCGAGGAAGGGCAGGCUGUGGCAAGAGUGCUUUGCGCUCACCCCCCGAACGAUGGCUCUGGACGGGUUUCUGUCUGAAGUGCAUACCCUUACGACGCCCCUGGACCGGAUCAAGCUUCUGCAUCGUUGGGGGUUCACAAGAAGCACAAUUGAGUGUUUCCCGGAAGGUGUCAGCGCGCCUCUGUACGAAGCGAUUAUGCAGUCGCAAAUGCAUGCUUCGACGUCCUGGAACUCGACGCUGCUGGAGCUUAUCGACCGAGAGGACCUCAGCGUUUCUAUGAUCAAGCGCAGCUCGUUGCUUCCCCCUCCGUCAGUGCCGUUGCAGUCUACGGUGUCCCACGAUGCGAUGCGCGAUGUACAUCAUAUUGGUGUCUCUGCGCUCGAAAUCGAUGCAAUCGCCUCAUUUGAAGCAUCCGCCGAACUGGACCGGUUUACCGUGAGCCGACUGAUCUUCCGCGAAGACAAGCGCUACGUUGACGCGGCUCGAUUGCUGAAUCAGUCUCGAGCUCCUAUCGCCGAGUGCAUUCCCGAGCCAGACUGGACCGACUCGGAUUUGUUGGAAGCUCAGAAAGAAGUGGUGCAGCUGGUGACCCUGAGGACACUCUCCACCCCUGCGGGUCGCGCCAUGUUUACCUUUAGCAGCCGACUGCCCCUGUUGACGGAAAAGCUUCCAAUUCCUUCAUUUUCGCUGCAAUGCGUCAUGAAGCCGUCCAACGUCACGAUCAGCGCGGAUCGAGCCUCCUUUAGCGAGGAGAAGGUGUGUUGGGCCUUUUUCCACAACGGCGUUUCCACCGGACUUGCCAUCUCCAAGAACUCCAAGGGGAUCGAUACGUCGUGGAUCUUGUUCAACAAGCCCCCGGAGCUGACCAACCGUCAUGCGGGCUUUUUGCUGGCCCUGGGCUUGAAUGGACACCUCAAGUCCUUGGCCAAAUGGGUGGCUUUCAAAUACCUGACGCCCAAACAUACGAUGACCUCGAUCGGCCUGUUGCUCGGCCUGUCCGCCUCCUAUCUGGGUACGAUGGAUACACUGAUCACUCGGCUUCUGUCGGUACACGUCACCCGCAUGCUCCCUCUUGGUGCUGCUGAAUUGAACUUGUCGCCUUUGACGCAAACGGCGGGCAUCAUGGGCAUUGGCCUCCUGUACUGCGGAUCCCAGCACCGGAGAAUGAGCGAGGUGAUGCUGUCCGAAAUCGAAAAUGUAGAGCAGGAGGAAGGAUCUCACGAGGACUUGCGUGACGAAGGAUACCGCCUGGCUGCCGGUCUUGCUCUGGGCUUUAUUAACCUGGCCAAGGGGAAAGACCUGAAGGGCAUGCGCGACAUGCACAUCGUGGAGAGGCUGCUGGCUGUUGCAGUUGGCAACAAGAAUGUUGACCUUGCACACGUCCUGGAUCGGGCCACCGCGGGCGCGACCAUUGCCUUGGCCAUCAUCUUCAUGAAGACCAACGACGAGAUCCUGGCCCACAAGAUCGACAUUCCUGAUACGACGGUGCGCUUCGACUACGUCCGGCCGGACCUGUUCCUCCUUCGCACUCUUGCACGGCACGUCAUCAUGUGGGAUAGCAUCCGUCCGACUCUCGAGUGGGUUGUGCAGAGCCUUCCCAACGUCUAUCGCCGUCGGCAUCGCCUGACCGGGGUCCGUCGACUGAAGAGCGAUGACAUGCCGUUCUUCAACAUCAUCGCCGGUCUCUGCUUCACUCUUGGUCUUCGCUAUGCGGGCUCGGCACAGCCGGGUGUGCGCGAUCUGCUACUCGCCUACCUGGACCAGUUCAUCCGCAUCUGCAGGCUUCCGGCCAUCAACUACGAUGCGAAGCUCACGCGGAACUCUGUCCGACACUGCCAGGACGUCGUUGCACUUUCCACUGCCGCCGUGAUGGCUGGCACGGGGGAUCUGGCUCUUUUCCGACGCCUGCGGUCUCUGCAUGGCCGUGUGGAUGCCGACACGCCGUACGGCAGCCAUAUGGCCGCGCAUAUGGCCAUGGGGCUGCUGUUCCUGGCCGGAGGCAGCCACACGCUGGGCACGUCCGACCUGGCCAUCGCCUCGCUGAUCUGCUCCCUGUACCCGAUCUUCCCCAUGACCGUCCUCGACAACAAGUGCCAUCUGCAGGCCUUCCGGCAUCUCUGGGUCCUGGCCGCGGAGCCGCGCUGCCUGGUGCCUCGAGACAUCGACUCUCGCCGCGCCAUCUCCAUCCCCAUCACCCUGACCAACCAAGAUGGGAUCAGCCGCACCAUCACCGCGCCCUGCCUGCUCCCCGAUCUCAGCACCAUCACGAGCGUCGAGGUCCGCAACGCCGACUACUGGCCCUUGGUCCUCGACUUCGCCAGCGACCCGGACCUGCGCCACAAAUUCCGCCAGGGCGACUCGUCCGUCUGUCUCCGCCGGAAGGCCAGCUACAACCCCACCGGCUCCUCGGUCUUCGUCUCGACUCUCUCCGGCCUCAGCGAAGCCCAGGACGUGCUCCCAACCCCCAUUCCCACCUCCAACCACGGCAAGGGCCUCCCCCCAUCCGCGAUGCCCAGCCUCGCCACCCUCCUCUCCUCCGGCAUCAGCCGCACCCCCACCGCCCCCUCCCAGAGCAUGUGGGACUGGAUCUUCAACCUGCCCUCCCUGGCCGGCCUCGACGUCCGCGAAAAGGCCCUGGUCCUCCCCUCCUCCUUCCCUGCCCGCACCCGCAGCGCCGGCCCCAACCUCCUCUCCUACGCCCCCUGGCUCCGCCAGUCCGCCGUCGACAGCAAGCUCGUCAUCGACAGCAUCGUCAAGAACGCCGUCCAGGCCGCCCGUGGCCGCGGCGCUGAUCCAGAUGAAGUCCGCGAUCGCAUCUGGCAGCUCCGUUUGCUGUUUAACUGGAUCGAUACGCCCGCCGAGGAGCGCUUCCUCGAUGAUGACUCCCAUGGCAUCUCGGAUGAAAGCGUCUUGUCGAGGGUCGUCACCCCCUCCGAUGGGCUGUGGCUACGUAGGGAUUAUAUUGAGGAAAUGCCUGGUACCAACCAAUACACACGUCUUUUAUAA